AUGUUGAGGACUGCUUUAGGUUCAUCUAAACAUAGCACGGCUUUCAGAAGAGCCAUGGCUAAAGAAAUCUCACCAUUACGUUCAUAUUCCGUGGAACAACAAACACAACAACCAAUAUCCAGAUUGACAACAACUAAAAAAUAUUUAAAGAAUCUUCAAACUGAAAAUAGUAAAGAAUCAGAAAAAAUGUUGAAAAUAUUUAGAAAAGCUGGUGCUCUUUCAAUUGUUGCAGUAUUAGGCUCACUUGGUUAUGCUGUUUAUGAACAAAAUUUCAAAGAUAGUGGAAAUACUGAGAAAAUUCUUAAUAGAGAACAAUUGGUGGAUAUGCCCAUUGAUUUAUCACAAGAUAUAAGAUACCAAAAGAGAGGUGAUUAA